AUGCAGGCACCUGGAUCUCAUCUCAGCAAGGCUAACCAACCAGUCACUCCCCUGCGGAUGGCAGCCCUGGCCAGUGAGGGAUCGUGCCGGACACCAUUGCACUUCCCAGACUUUCUCCUGGACCUGCAUCCAUCCGAGGACCUGGUAGAGAACAGAGAAAGGGAUGUGUGGGUCUCAGUGGGUGGCACAUGGGGGCCUGAGCAAACCCAUUCAAUGGAUGGGUCUCUGAAGCAGCAGGCAGAGCCUCACCACUUCUCUCCACCUUGUCUGCCUUUUCAGCCUCCAGGAUUUCUGCAGGGGGAGGAUGGGUCACUGUUGGGGUCCCUAGAGCUGGCCCCGCAGCUGUCUGGGCCUCAGUCUCCUCCUCUGGAGAACAGAUGA